CGGAUGAGGGGAUAAUAUGCAAGGUACUUAAUUAUUUGAGUAAACUUACUUAGUACCGGUAUAUAGACCUGGACCUUCAAUAUUUUCAUACAAUCCCAAGUGUUCAGCAGGAAGAGCUGUUGACAGCGCCGUCACCAAGGUCCCAAGUAAACGUGAGUGGGUUAUGCCAAAGUCAUGACUGAAGUGUAGUCAAUGGAGCACCGGGAUUCAACUGACAUAUACCUGCUUGGAAAAUCCCUCGUCAUACCGGUGAUCUGAGAUAUUAUUGCGCAGGGGUAAAUUCUUCUAUUUAUUCUUCUUCUUACCCAGCCUGUUAGUUUGUGUCGGUCGUCGUUCAUUUCGCCAGAGUCAGCAUCUGAUAACAAUCUCACAAAAUGGCUACUUCCAAACCUACGGUCUUCUUUUUACCCGGCGGGUUUCAUACCUCCUGGAUCUAUGAUACUGUACGCAACAUCUUAUCUAAUCGCGGUUUCGAAACCGACGCAUCGGACCUAGUCUCGGUUGGCGCAACGGAUGCUAGCGUUGGAAUGCAUAGCGACGCAGCGCAUCUCCGAUCACAAUUGGUAAAGCUCGUCGAUGAGGGCAAGGAGAUUGUGUUGGUAGCGCACUCAUACGGUGGCAUCGUUGCAUCGAAUGCCGUCGACGGUCUGAGUAUUGAACAGCGCGCCGCGCAAGGAAAACAAGGUGGCAUAAUUCUAGUCCUCUACCUGUCUGCACUGAUUGUCACGGCUGGACGCACAUUUUUAUCAAUCGCGCCUCCAUCCCGGUCUCAGAACAAAUUCGAAACAAAACUGGAUGACUUUCUUACAGCCAAGGAUCCUCUACACAACUUCUAUAACGAUGUCGAGGCCUCAUUGGCGACUAAAGCAAUCGAGGCCCUUCAACCGAUGUCUUCACAAGUUUUGAGAGACGAGGUCAGCUAUGAGCCGUGGAAUCAGGGCUUCGAAGUUGGGUAUAUAUUCACUGAUAAUGAUAACCAACUCCCCAUUGGCGUACAGAAAGCCAUGGCUUCUCAGUUCCCGAAUGACUCUUUUAGUGCCAACCUUGCAUCUGGUCAUUCUCCAUUCCUCAACGUUCCCGACUCUCUUGCCGAUGUUAUUGAGGAUGGCAUCAGUUAUGUCUUUAAGAAGAGGUCUUCUGUUUAAUUUCAUGUGAUGGUAUCGUCAGAAAUCGCUUUAAUCCGUGGCAUGGGCGUAGAGAGUAUGCCUUCUCCUACUUGGUUGAGAAAGAAUUUCUCAGACAGUGUGUACAGGUAGCUUUUGCCCUCAACUGUUCGAUGCAAGACCUGUUCUGGAUGAGUUCAAUUUCUGCGACAUGAGAGCAUCAACGCACAAGAGAGAUUUAGCCUUUAUAUAUCUAUUAUUAUGACUUUCUCUGUUAGCGUUUUAAGACGCUUGGGUUUUUCUCUCUACUAGUAGCAAUGAAGCUAUCAGGAAAGCAUCUAACUCCCGAGGUUUCAAGUGCCUUGCUAAGUCCAGAUAGCAAGUAAUGAAUUAACUCAACAUAGAUGGAGCAGUGUACCAAUUAUCUCUCGCGUGGUGCGCCUUCUAAAUCUCAGCUAUGGCCCCAUUAGCUAGAUCACCUCUCAUUUCUCAGUGGACGUCAAAU